AUGGCGGAGGUCGAUGAUCCUGCUCGGGCUCGCGCUGUCCAAAUUGCUCCUCCAAGCUCUUCGAGCUCCCCAAUGCCACACCAAGAUGACGGUGAAGACGGCCGCCGACGACAGGUCUCGUCGAGCUCGCCUGGCUCUUCUCCUUCGCCGCAGUCGAACCCUUCACACCCAGCCUCGCUCAAUGGCGACGACGCUCGACACGGCACUUCGCCUGCCACUUCGGUCGACGUUCCAUCCAUUGCGCCAGCUUCUUUUGGCCUCAAGCUCGACAUUGGCUCAACCACUGCACAGAGCCGCCAGGAUCAGUAUGCAUCUUUCAACCGUGCUUGCGUCGCUCGUUCGCCGCAUCCGCUUGAUGGAUCGCAAGAGGCUCGAGCCUCCCUCGCAGCUCGAUCUGGAGGCAUCUUAGCCACGAUGCAGGAGGAAGGCUCGGAAUCUGGUUUCAAUGAAAGCCGACGCGAGUCGACGCUUGGCUUCGACACCCACCAACCGUACACUAACAUGGAGCAAGCCCUGCCUGCCUUUCGUCAUCGCUCCGCGUCCAGCGCUGCAGCGCUAGCUCUCCACGGCAAUGGCUCUUCCUUUGCAGAUUGUUGGGGCAGCAACGCAGCUGGACGCAUCGCGCCUGCUACAGGUAUGCCCUCGAGGACCAUCUGGGAAGGCCGCAAUGUCGAUGCAGUCGCGGACAACGGAAGCUCGAUUGGCAACGCAUCGCAGCGACCCAUGCCUCAGCUUCAUCGUGGCUUCUCUGUCUCAUUUAUUCGCAGCAAGCCAGAGUCGUCGUCUCCUUCACCCUUACUGAGCUCGCCCGCAGGCUUCCAUGAGCUUGGCUUCGACUUCAUCGACCCUUCACUGCGAUCGUCACGCACCAGCAUCCAUGCCGUAUCGUCUCCCUUCGGUACUGCACCUGAUCUUCCCGAGCUGUCGUCGUAUCCUGACACAGCUGCAGAAGAGCUGCAGCGUUCAGCUCCUGGCGCCGAGUCGCGACGUCAUUCCGUCGCAGGCACAGGCCCCACCCGAGAGUCAGCCGGCGUCAUCGGAGGACAUCGACGCGCCAUUGGCUUUGACGUGGCUGGCUCUUUCGGUCAAGACAACAGCGCUCCAGCCUCAGCAGCGGCUGAUGGAAGAUGGCCUCGUGCAACCGGCCCCCACAGGAGGGAUCGUAGCGCCACCAGUGUGACGCCUGGCUUUAACCCUUUUGCUGGCGGCAGUCUUGCCUUGUCGAUGGACGACCUCGCCGGUGACUUUGACUUCGAACCUACCCCGCGAAAGGAUGGACAGCGUUCGAAUGCAGCAGACACCAAUGCCCAUGCAGCGUCGAUGCCAUCGGCCUUUGACGACCAUGGCAGUUUCCGCGCCGGAUCCAUGGGCUUCGCCGAUGCACAACGCAUCAGCCGCAGUGGUAUGGAUAGCAUCUCGGCUAGUUGGGACAUUAUGACACCUUGGCAGAUGGCAGCUCGCUCCCCUGGCGGCGGUGAAGGUCAGCGAACCUUGGCUGAGAUGACGAGACGGCUGCGACAGAUGUCUAUCGGCGGUGGCGACGACGGACGAAGCAGGCCACAUGCCUCGGGCUUUGCCUCGAUCUUGGACGGUCAGGGUGAGGGAACUCGCACGGUGCGAGCUAGUCCAGGCACGUCGCCAACUGGCGUUCGCGGCUCGUCGAACGCAAGCGGUCUGUCAGCCCACGCCAAGUCUUUCACGACUUCUCAGGCCAUGCCUUGUAUGAUGCAAGAUCAGCUCGACGGCAUGACAGGGAGUGGAUUGCCCGGCUUUGGCUACGGAGCACCAUCCGCAAUGGCUCCAAGCAAUCGUCCAGCAGCACAGAUGUCGAUGAAGUCAGCCCAGCUGCCGCAGCCGCAGCUCCCUUUCGCGCCUGCUGCGAUGGGUCUUCCUGCUCUCGGUAGUAUUCCAGCGCUGUCGGCGAACGAUCUUACCUUCUCGAGUCUGGCUGCGCUUGGUCCUAUGCCACCGUCGUCGAUGGGACCUCCUGGUGUCGGCUUGGGACGCCUCGGCGGACCUCUAACAGGCACUGGCGUUGCAGGUGAGCUUCAGGAUCUUGGCAAGGGUGUGCCGCUUUCCAAUUUGUCGAAGGACACGCCACUGUACAUUGUGAAAUUCAAGCAAGGCCGCACCGAUCUGUUCUUCCGAUCGACCUCGCCUUCGCAGUCUCCGUCCAGCCGCGAUCGCGAUCCCAUUCGUCGCGGCGACCUCGUUAUUGUCGAAGCCGAUCGCGGCAAAGACCUUGGCACGGUGGUCAACGAUAGCAUUACGGUAGAACAAGUGCAAGGCUUUCUCGCUCAUCAGUCGGAUCUGACUAUCGGGACGGCAGCAGUGGGAGCAGCAGCGGGCAUUCAUGGUCAGAACAGCAGCAAUAACAAUAGUAGCAACUUGCUGACCGGUUCUGGCAGUGGCGAUGAGACAGCCUCGAACGCCUCUGGUCUCAGUGGCUCGCCCGCUUCGACGCACGCUUCAGCGUCGACCAACAACAAUUGGCAGCCAGCAACGGGACCUCGACCGAUGCGCACCAUCAACCCGAAGCGCCUCUUCACCAAGGCCACGGCUGCCGACACAAGCACGCUCUACUCGAAGGCGCAAGACGAGGAAAGAGCUCUGCAGCUGUGCAUCUCGAAGGUGAUGCAGCGCGGCUUGCCAAUGAGUGUGGUGGCCGCAGAGAUGCAGUGGGACAGGCGCAAACUCACUUUCUACUACACAGCCAGCAUGCGAGUCGACUUUCGGGAUCUGGUUAAGGAGCUCUUCCGACUGUACAAGACGAGGAUCUGGAUGUGCCAUCUGGGCCAUCCGAGCAGCGCCGGGAUGGGUUGA